AUGAUUCAACCCACCGCAGCGGAUGAUUUUGUUCUGACCCUGUCGGACAAUGAAGAGCUUCCGUUGAGCGAGUCGGAAAGCGACGAGUUGCAGACAACCACGCUCGCCUCGGGCACGAAGCGAAAACGGCACGAACCUGCAAUCAAGACUGCCCUGCAGAACAAAAAGCAGAAAAAGCAAUCGAAAAAGCAGGCCGAGCCCGAACGUGAAGAGUCGGUACCCCCUUCCGAAAGCGGAGACGAGCAAGGUGUUCAGGAUGGGGCCAUCGAUCCAGAUUUCGAGUUUGAUGUAGGCGCCAAUGGCAUACUGGAAGACCUGGAUGAUUUUGAUGGAUGGGGAGAGGGGAAGGCAACGAACACGAACGGCGAUGGCAAGAAGAAGGGCUUGGACAUAGAUGAGAUCAUCGCUCGCCGUGCCGCAAAGAAACAAAAGUCCCUCGCGUCUCAGAAGGCCGACAAAGAGCAGGACAAUUCUCCUGCGGACAGUGACGACGAAGAUAUGGCCAUACCUGACUUCGAGGACGAUGAGCUUCUAGCCGAAGACACGUUCGGUGCCAAUGCUGCCUCAGAGGAUGAGGAUGAAGCCUCGGCCGGGGAGGAGGAUGGGGAAGAGGAUGAAGAUUCUGGAGAGGAAGCACAGGAAGACGAAAAUGCUUCCGACGACGAUUCGGUCGCUUCGCCUACCGCCCACCCCGACGACCUGGCUUCUGAGCACUCAGAUAGCGAAUCAGACACAUCGACCUCGGAUGCAGAGGAGCAGGCGAAACGAGCCGCGUUCUUUGCCCCUGAGGACAAAACGGCAACAGCACAAGUCAAAUCCGCAGCUUCGUUUCAACAGUUCUCAUUGUCCCGACCGAUUCUGAAAGCCCUGGCGGCACUAUCUUUCACCGCACCCACCCCGAUUCAAGCCCGUGCCAUUCCCGUCGCAUUGCAGGGCUUGGACGUGGUUGGUUCUGCUGUGACAGGCUCUGGCAAGACUGCAGCAUUCUUACUCCCAAUCCUCGAACGUCUCCUUUAUCGUCCGAGGAAAGUCCCUACAACCCGGGUGGCGAUUCUGAUGCCGACCCGUGAACUGGCCGUCCAAUGUUACAGCGUUGCCACUGCCCUUGCGCGCUUUACGGACAUUACAUUUGCGCAAGUCGUUGGAGGCUUCUCCUUGAGAGAGCAGGAGGCCAUCCUGAAGAAGCGACCCGACGUGGUCAUCGCGACGCCAGGUAGAUUCAUCGACCACAUGCGCAAUUCCGCCAGCUUUGUGGUGGAGAACAUUGAGAUCCUGGUCUUGGAUGAAGCAGACCGGAUGUUGGAGACUGGAUUCGAAGACGAGCUAAAUGAGAUCUUGAGAACCAUCCCCAAGGGUCGGCAAACCAUGCUCUUCUCUGCAACCAUGACAGACAGUGUCGACAAACUCGUGAGAGUGGGAAUGAAUCGUCCCGUGCGGCUUUCGGUCGAUGCGAAGAAAAGCACAACCGCGGGCCUGGUGCAAGAAUUCGUUCGCCUACGUCCAGGCAGAGAAAACACAAGGUUGGCGACCCUGUGCAUUUUGUGCAAGGAUUUCUUCACCGAGCGGACUAUUAUCUUCUUUCGGCAGAAAAAGGAAGCCCAUCGGGUUCGCAUUGUCUUUGGACUGCUCGGUAUCAAGGCCGGUGAACUUCACGGCAGCAUGUCCCAAGAACAGCGUAUCGGCGCCGUCAACUCGUUCCGCGAAGGCAAGACCACGCACCUCCUCGCGACUGAUUUGGCCAGUCGAGGUCUGGACAUCAAGAAUGUCAUGACGGUCGUGAACUACGAAGCGCCUCAGACGCAUGAGAUCUACGUCCACCGUGUUGGUCGCACUGCCCGUGCAGGCCGCUCCGGUCGGGCUUGCACCAUAGCAGCCGAGCCAGACCGCAAGGUCGUCAGAGCGGCAGUGAAAAGUGCCAGGCAACAAGGCGCCAAGGUGGUGUCUCGGGCGGUAGAGGCGAAAGAGGUGGAUGCGAUGAAUGCCCAAAUUGAGGCGAUGGAGUCGGAGAUUGAAGAGAUCCUCAAAGAGGAAAAGGAUGAGAAACAACUUGCCCAAGUCGAAACGCAACUGACCCGGGGCGAGAAUAUUGUCAAGCACGAGGCUGAGAUUCUUGCGCGGCCGAAGCGAACAUGGUUCGAGACCGAAAAAGCCAAACUUGAUGCCAAAGCCAGAGGACUUCUGGAGUUGAACGGCCCCAAUGGUAUCGUGAAGGUCAAGACCGACAAGAAGAAAUUGAGCAACAAGGACAAGAAGCGACUCGACGACAAGAGGGAGAGAGUGGAAGGCAAGAUGUGGCGGAAGGGCAAGGAUAGCGAGGCCGCCGUGAAAAACGACAGGAGAGAGCGGAAGCUCGGAAAAUCCAAGAGUAAAACAAAACCUAAGAUGGGAAAGGGCAAGACGAGGAGAUAG